GCAGAACUGUCAACACGUUGAAUCAAACAGCCGUUGAACGGUUCUGGCGCUGUACUGUGUUGUUAUUUUGUACGGCAUUCAACAGCGACUCUGUAAAAUCGUACAAAAUGGAAGAAUCAAGCAAGGUACUGGAAACGCUUAAAAAGAUCGGCGGCAUCGACGUGCGUCACCUGUGGAUCAUACACGAUGAAACGUUUCGCGAGUUUUUCGAUUGGUUCACCAAAAUUGACGAUGACAAUCUUGUUACGGACAUGUUGUUGAAAAACUACCAAGAGCUCGAUCGCAACGGAACCGUGCUGAACGAUGCACUGUUAGAAGAGCAACUGCACGCACUGAACCACGAGUUCAGCGGCAUUCUCGAGCACACGGAUCGCGAUGUGGAAGCAUUGGAACAGCAGCUCGAGCAGCUGGUGGAGGUGGAAGAAAAGUACGAGAAGCUGCUGAACGGUGCCAAGAAGACGGACCUCGCGCUCACGAAGGAGCUGUCCGAGCUGGAGCGUUCCGUGCGGGACCAGGAGUACGUGCUGGAGAAGGUCGCCACGAACAGUGUGGAAAUGGCUCGACAGCUGGAAGAGAGUCAGCAGGCAACGCAGCAGCAGAUAUCGGAUUUGCAACACUGCUACUAUCAACGGCAAAAUCCACCCCUUUUCAUCUACCAAAUGCCGAUCGAGCAGUUCGACGCAAAGUGUGACCAGUUUCUAAAGUACCUGGAGCUGUACGUGAAGAAGCACUUCACCGUGAAACGGCUCGACAACUCAAAGUCAACGGACGAUGGGGACAAUCAGCAGGUGAUCGAUGAGCUGGAGGGCAUUAAGAUGCGCCUGGACGAGGAGGAGCUGAAGCUGCUGGAGGCAAAGCGCGAGUAUGCGGGCGUGAUGAAGCUUGUCGAGCGCUUGCAGGGCCAUAGCUGGAUGCCGCUGAAAGUGUCCGCGCUAAAGAAACAGUGCCUCGAGCUGAGGGCCGCCAACGAGCAGGACCUUUUGCGGAUGGAUUUGCUGAAGCACGAGCUCGACACGCUCAUCAGGCAGGUGAACGAGCUGAAGAUCGAAUCGGUACUGUACGAAAACAACCGCGUCAAGCUGAACCGUGCUGUCAGCCGGCUGGAGUACAUCCAGCGGCUGGACGCGAGCAUCUCGCGCGAGCUCAUGAACGCCGAGCUGCUGUGGGUGCUGAUGCAGCUCGAUCUGGAGAAGAUACGCGACCGGUUCGACAAUGCGGACGAGAUGAACGGCGAGUCCAAGCGGUGCUUCCGGCGCAUCGACACGAUGCGCCAGAUCGAACGGAACGGUGCGCUGGAGGAAGCGUACGGUGACUAUUUGGCACAGCUGUACGCGCUCAGUGCAGCUCAAGACAGCUCCGCCGAGCAGCGACCGGGCGAAGAGUCGAUCCGUGGAAUGAAAGUAUCGCUUCAGCACUUUUCCGGUUUGCUUAAGCGGCUGUCGCAACAGUGUGAUUCGAUUGCGAAAGGAAAAUAUCAUCGAAAGGCGGACGAGAUGCUGAAGCAAUUAGCGCGCGAAGAGAAAUUGCUGUCCCGGUUCGUUUUCGAUGGUCCCCUGAAUUAUCCUCAAUUUUACGACCAAGAGUACCUGGAACGCGUCCAAAAGCUUACCUACGCACUGGGUCAGCUCGAGCGGGACUUCCGAAACGUACGGAAAGACGUCGUGCAGAACAUCGAAGAACCGAAGCAAAACAAAAAGUUUUGGCUGUACAACCAGCGGCUGUGGAUUUGGUUUCUGACCGAGCCGAAAAAGGUCGCCAUUGCCAUCAAGGAAAUAACGGCCGAAGCGUCCAAAACGGCCAGCUACAAGGGCAUUUCCGGCAUCAAGUGUAAAUCGAUUGCCGAUGAUGUAAAGUUUUAACUCGCUCCGGUAAGUUUAACGAACGGCUUUGUUCCUUUCCAAGCAGAUGUGGUAUUUGUAACGUCAAAACACAACACUAUGAGGUGGUAUUGGAUGGCAUAUUAGUUGUAACAAUCAUACAAUAAAUAUUUACUUAUGUAUUUUAAACUAAU